AUGUGUGACUUCGAUGUCUACCAAGGCAGUGUCAACGGAAUACGAGCCAAAUCUGAACUUGGAUUGUCAGUGAAGCUCCUUGAUCGGGGAAUUCAUUACGUGGGAACAGCCAGGCAGGUGCGCCUACCCAACUGUAACCUUGAAGACGAGAAGAGCUUGAAGAAAAAGGGGAGAGGAAGCUAUGACGUCAGAGUGGAGGGGAAUCACAACAUCUGUGCUGUCAAAUGGUAUGACAGCAGGGCCGUCACACUUGUGUCAUCCUUUGCUGGACCUGAACCUGUGCAGAAGAUUCAACGCUGGGACAAAGCCAACAAAACCUUCAUUGAAGUUGAGAGGCCUUACAUUGUUGGUGCCUACAACAAGUACAUGGGAGGUGUGGAUUUGUUGGACUCAUUUACAGCCAAAUAUAAGUUCCCCAUCAAAUCCCGUCGCUGGUACAUGUACAUCUUCUGGCACACCAUCAUCCUCGCUGUGAUCAAUGCCUGGCUGCUCUACAAGCGGGACUGUAAAGCGCUCAAGGUGUCUAGCAAAGAGACAAUGAACAGGAGACAGUUUCAGGCACAGCUAGCAUCCUCUCUUAUCCUGGUAAACGCAACACUUCAAACUCCAAAGAGAGGACGGCCAUCUUCAGGCAAAGGGAGCCCAGCAACACAGUCAGUGACAUCAGGAAGCCCUCUGAAUGCUCAGAAGAGGCCAUCCAAGAGAUGUGCAAACCUCCCAUUGGAUGUACGCAAGGACCUAGUUGGUCAUUUCCCAAGGAAGACAGGGAGAGGACGCUGCAGACAGUGCAAUAAAGGAUACACCAACACGCAAUGCAGAAAGUGUGAUGUUCGCCUUUGCUUUUUAGACAACAGGGACUGUUUUUGGGACUUUCACCACCAAUGAAAGUCUUCAUGACCAAUGUCAUAAAAAGAA